CCAUCUGCUCACGCUCAGUGCGCUCGUCCAGGGCGCUCCCCCGCCUCUCGGCCGGCCCGCGAUGGGGGUGGCGGCGGCGCUGGGCGCCGGGGCGGCGCGGCUGCUCUUCUACCCGACGCUGCUCUACACGGCGGUGCGGGCGCAGCUGCCCGGGUCCCGCCGGCCCUGGUUCCACCGCAUUGACGGCGCCGUGCUGCUGGGGGCGCUGCCGCUGCGGGGCCGCAGCCGUAGGCUCGUGGUCGAGGAGAACGUGCGCGCCGUGGUGACCCUGAACGAGGAGUACGAGACCCGGUUUCUCUGCUGCUCCGCACAGGAAUGGGAGGCCAUGGGUGUGGAACAACUGCGUCUCAGCACUGUGGAUCUUACCGGAGUCCCAACCCUGGCAAACCUCCAUGAGGGUGUUGAAUUCAUACUGAAACACCGAGCACGUGGGAACAGUGUAUAUGUGCACUGCAAGGCAGGACGCUCCCGCAGUGCCACCAUGGUGGCAGCGUAUUUGAUUCAACUGCAUCACUGGAGCCCUCAAGAAGCAAUAGAGGCUAUUGCCAAGAUCCGUCCCCACAUCCUCAUUCGGCACCAACAAGUCCAGGUCCUGGAGAUAUUUCACAGGAACAUAAUCAGUGGGACAACUGCAGAGUGUCAGUAAGAAUUAUAAAAAUCUGUUUUGGCUGCUUUAAAAAAGCCUUAUGUUUUAAUGAAGGCAUAACUGUUGUACUUUAUGACCAUAAAUAAAUAACUUUUUACAUAAA